AUGCCCCGCUUUACCGGGGCUCUAGUGCAACCAACAUUAAGAUCACUUGUGCUUUCGCAUCUCUGCCUAGAAGCUACAAUUCACGUUCACCUGAUUCUCAUACAAAAUCUCCAAGCAGAUACGUGCUUUUCACCAAGUGUAUCUUACGAGUACAAAGGAACUUACUUCAACUCCUUGGAUCGAGCAAUGACUCUUCCGUGUGAUGAAAUAGUCGAUUCACUCUUGAGGAAAGAUUGUCCAGUGUCAUACAAAGCCAAGCUUACUGCUCUUCAAACCAGAGAUCUACAAGCUCUUAUCGAAUCCGGUGAUUUUACAAAAUUCAAUCAUUUUCUUCAAUUCCUGUUCAAGAGCGAUAGAGUGAGUGGUAGCUCGCCUCCAUUCUUUGGAAUUGAUGACCAGUCAUAUAUGCAAGAUGUCAGAAGACAUAAGCACAACGCUAUCUUCACCGCAGCUUCUUUAGGUUUUUGUUAUCAUCUCAAAAUGAUACUUCAACAUCAAUCCGCGAGUGCUUAUGCCGAAGAUAUUAUUGAGAGAAACAUAGCUUUUUUGGCAGCUAUAAAUUCCUCGCAGCCUCAUACCGUUUCGUGGUUGGUGUUUUCUGAUAUACAUAGAGAUAGUUUUUACUGGCUGGAGCCGAUGCCUUCUGAAGUCUACGACCAGGGCUCAAAGAGCAUGUCUUUAUUGAAGUAUGCUAUUCAUUUGCAAGAGAUCUCAGAAGAAUUUAGGCAAUUCGUCAUUGAUGCAACGGCAGUUGCCCAAAAUAAGCCAGAACAGGUCACUCUCUUUGGAGGUCGUAAAUAUUUCAACCAAAGAUACGAAUGCUUAGCUUCAGACUUACCAGAUCUGCCACGGGAAGUCGAGGAGUAUAUUUGGCCACAUAGCCAUGACCAUGAAAAGCCUAAAGCGACCGUUCCGUUGAUAUGGGCUGUCAUCUACAAUCGACCCAAGAUUGUGGAAGCCCUGCUUUCGGAGCCACUUCCGAGUUAUGAUGACGACGUAAUUGAAGCUGCUACAACAUGUGCUAUUAUGAUGGAUUUUGCGAAAAUAGUUAUGCUGUUCGAGCUGGUCCAUACAUUAUAA